UACCACAGAACCCGACUGGACACGGGACGCCAUAAAAACACAUUUCAUGUUGACGUGUCAGGAUGUUUGAGGGAGAAAAUGAGAAGUGAAAGUCCUGAUGUGAAAAGUCACCGGAAGCUGGUGGACUUAACUGGCUUCGGUGCGCCUCUAAAAUGAAAACAUUCUUCUGGAGUCAUGCGUAAAUGGCGUCACAGUUCAUUUAGCAGAAGACUCUCUGCUGACUCACCAGAAUCCUUCUGGACAGUACAACUCUUACUCGUGCCGUUUGCCUCCAAGCGCCUGUGUGAACCGGCUGUGUUUGGCGCGAACGGCGCUGAGAAUAACCGGAGCAGGGCGCGCGUUUAAAUAUAGUGGCCCAGGGAGACAUGGAGGUAGCGUUUCCGGGACACUUGUCCAGCGCAGCAACGCGACGCAGUCAAGCUGAAGACGCGGUGAUGGAGUUAAUGAGGCGGUGAUGCGCGCAGACAAACCCCGGCGCGCGCCGCUCCACCGACGACAGGCUCGCCGCCGGUGACCGGGAGCAGAACGCAGCCGCCGAGGAGGGUCUCGAGUCGCACCAUGGAAGCGGGCCAGGGCGCGCAGGUCACCGACAUGACGGGGGAGCACGCGGCCGGCGUCGGCGCGGCGGACCGCGAGAGGGGCGAGGUGUCCAGCCCGUGUCCGCCCGCCAAGCAGCGCUCCCUGCGCGCGGUCUACGUGCUGAACGACGGGCUGAAGGCGGUGAUGGCGAGCAGCCCGGAGUCCGGAGCGCUGCACUGCCUCCAGCGGGCGUGCGACGCCGAGAGCGCGCUGCUCACCACCGUCACCUUCGGGAGGCUGGACUUCGGGGAAACGUCGGUGUUGGACAGUUUUUACGACGCAGACAUCGCGGUGGUGGACAUGAGCGACGUGUUCCGGCAGCCAUCUUUGUUCUAUCACCUGGGAGUGCGGGAGAGCUUCGACAUGGCCAACAACGUCAUCCUGUACCACGACACCGACCCCGACACUGCCCAGUCACUGAAGGACAUGGUGGCUCAGAAAAACACAGCCUCCAGUGGGAACUACUACUUCAUCCCGUACAUCGUGACCCCGAACCACGAGUACAUGUGCUGCGAGAGCGACGCCCAGCGCCGAGCCAGCGAGUACAUGCAGCCCAGCUGGGACAACCUGUUGGGCCCUCUGUGUGUCCCGCUGAUGGACCGCUUCAGCAGCCUGCUGAAGGACAUCCACGUCACCUCCUGCGCCUCCUUCAAAGACACGCUGCUGAACGACAUCAGGAAGGCCAGGGAGAAGUACCAGGGCGAGGAGCUGGCCAAGGAGCUGUCCCGGAUCAAGCUGCGCAUCGACAACACCGAAGUGCUGACGCAGGACAUCGUCAUGAACCUGCUCUUCUCCUACAGAGACAUCCAGGACUACGACGCCAUGGUGAAGCUGGUCCAGACUCUGGAGAUGCUGCCGACCUGCGACCUGGCCACCCAACCCAUGAUCCAGUUCCAUUACGCCUUCGCCCUCAACAGGAGGAACACUCCGGGAGACCGGGAGCAGGCGCUGUGUGUGAUGCUGCAAGUGUUGCAGUCGUGUGAGCACCCGGCUCCGGACAUGUUCUGUCUCUGCGGCCGGAUCUACAAAGAUAUAUUCCUGGACUCGGACUGCAAAGACACCAAGAACCGGGACCUCGCCAUCCAGUGGUACAGAAAAGGUUUCGAGCUGCAGCCCACUCUCUACUCCGGCAUCAACCUCGCUGUGCUCCUCAUCGUCGCUGGUCAGCAGUUCGAGAGCUCAAUUGAACUGAGGAAGAUUGGGGUGCGCUUGAACAGCCUGCUGGGCCGCAAAGGUUCCCUGGAGAAGAUGAACAACUACUGGGACGUGGGCCAGUUUUUCACUGUCAGCAUGUUGGCUCACGACAUCCCCAAAGGCACCCAAGCUGCCGAAAAGCUCUUCAAGCUCAAACCGCCGCUCUGGUAUCUGCGCUCCGUGGUUCAGAACCUGCAGCUGAUCCAGCGCUUCAAGAAGCAGGCGGUGGAGCACUCUCCUCAGCGCGACAGACUCAACUUCUGGAUGGACAUCAUCGUGGAGGCCACGCAGGGGACCACCAACCGGCUUCGCUUCCCUGUGUUGAUCCUGGAGCCAACCAAAGUCUACCAGCCGUCUUACGUGUCCAUCAACAAUGAAGCCGAGGAGAAGAACGUCUCCAUCUGGCACGUUUCUCCACCUGAAACAAAGGGAAUCCAUGAGUGGAACUUCACUGCCAUGUCCAUCAAAGGAAUCAGCAUCAGCAAGUUUGACGAACGCUGCUGCUUCCUCUACGUCCACGACAACUCCGACGACUUCCAGAUCUACUUCUCCACUGAGGAACAGUGCGGUCGGUUCUGCUCCAUGGUGAAGGAGAUGAUCACGGACGGGUCGGGGAACGCCGUGGAGCUGGAGGGAGAGGGCGACGGAGACACACUGGAGUACGAGUAUGACACCAACGAGACGGGAGACCGGGUGGUGUUGGGUCGGGGGACCUACGGGGUGGUGUACGCAGGCAGAGACCUCAGCAACCAGGUCCGCAUUGCCAUUAAAGAGAUCCCUGAGAGAGACAGCAGGUACUCGCAGCCCCUUCAUGAAGAAAUCGCUCUUCACAAAUACCUCAAGCACCGCAACAUCGUCCAGUAUUUGGGUUCUGUUUCUGAAAAUGGAUACAUCAAGAUCUUCAUGGAGCAAGUGCCUGGAGGAAGCUUGUCUGCGCUACUGCGCUCCAAGUGGGGUCCGCUCAAGGAAGCCACCAUCAUCUUCUACACAAGACAGAUUCUUGAGGGACUUCGGUAUCUCCACGAGAACCAGAUUGUCCACAGGGACAUCAAGGGCGACAACGUGUUGGUCAACACCUACAGUGGCGUCUUGAAGAUCUCAGACUUUGGCACCUCGAAGCGCUUGGCGGGAGUCAACCCCUGCACCGAGACCUUCACGGGAACUCUGCAGUACAUGGCCCCUGAAAUCAUCGACAAAGGCCCUCGAGGUUACGGAGCCCCCGCUGACAUCUGGUCCCUGGGAUGCACCAUCAUAGAAAUGGCCACUGGGAAACCGCCAUUCCAUGAACUGGGAGAGCCUCAGGCGGCCAUGUUUAAGGUUGGAAUGUUUAAGAUCCACCCUGAAAUCCCAGAGUCUCUGUCACUGGAGGCCAAGUCCUUCAUUCUGCGCUGCUUCGAGCCGGACCCCAACAAACGUGCCAUCGCCUCUGACCUGCUGAGGGACCUGUUUGUGAGACACCUCACCAAAGGAAAGAAGAGCAAGAUCGCCUUCAAACCACCAGACUAUAUCCACAGUGUGUCCCUGCCAGUGCAGUUACAGUGUGAGGCCGCCGGGAGCAGCAGCAGCGAACACGGCUCUGUGAGUCCAGACUGCGACUCUAAACACGAUGUUUUCUUCCAGAAAAAGAAGAAUUCUGGCUCUGAAAACCUGCUCAAGCCCUCAAAUUCCAACUACUUAAGUGUUCCAGAUGAGGUGUCGGUGUCCGAGGACCGCAGUGCGCCCCCUUCUCCUGAGGACAGGGAUGGCGGCUUGUUCUUGCUGAAGAAGGACAGUGAGAGGCGAGCGAUUCUGUUCAAGGUCCUCAAUGAUGACCAAGACAAGGUCAUCUCCAACCUGAAGGAGAACCACAUCCAGGGCAGCGAGGAGCUCCAGCUGUCAGUGGAGCACAUCAAGCAGAUCAUCUGCAUCCUUCGAGACUUCAUUCAUUCCCCGGAGAGACGCGUGAUGGCGGCGACCAUCUCCAAACUCAAGCUGGACCUGGACUUCGACUCCACCUCCAUCAACCAGAUCCAGCUGGUGCUUUUCGGCUUCCAGGACUCGGUGAACAAGGUUCUCAGGAAUCACCACAUUAAGCCGCACUGGAUGUUCGCGAUGGACAACAUCAUCAGGAGAGCGGUGCAGGCCGCCAUCACCAUCCUCAUACCCGAGCUGCAGACGCACUUCGGCCCGGCCUCCGAGUGCGAGGGCGCCGAGAAGGAGGACGAGGUGGACGAAGAGGAGACAGAGUUCAGUCCGGUCCUGGCCACGACCUCCGACGACCCCGGGUCGGCACCCGACCACAUCCACCCCACAGCGGCGGCGUUGACCUCCGCCCACCCGCAGGACCACCAUCGCUCCCCCCACCAACUGGGGGCGCAGUUGGGCCGCCUCAAGCAGGAAACCAGCAGGCUGCUGGAGGAGCUGCUGCAGAAAGAGAGAGAGUACCAGCAGGUCCUGAAGGCCACGCUGCAGCAGAGGACGCAGGACCUGGAGCUGGUCCGCAUCCGGAGCAAACCGCCAGAAAUGUCUCCUCCCUCCAUCUUCCAUAUUCCAGCUGACCAUCAGUCCGACAAGCAGCUGACGGACUGGCUGAAGGAGCAGGGAGCCGACCCCGACACGGUAGACAAGUUCGUCCUGGAGGAGUUCACCCUGAUGGACGUCCUCAACGAUGUCACCAAAGACGAUCUCCGCUGUCUACGUCUCAGGGGCGGAGUCCUGUGUCGGAUCUGGCGGGGCAUCCAGCGGCACAGAGAGCGGGAGCGACUGAGGGUGGACGAGUGUUCGGAGGACGACGCCUGACACGUGGAAACACACACCAGCCUCCGACAUGCGUUUGAUAAUGAUGCCAUGAGCUUCUCUUUGUGCCUUAAAACUCACUAAUUCAUGCUUUAAUCACUUUUUUUAAAGGCUCACGUAUGAACUAUUGUUUUGUCAUUCAUAUGUACCGUAAGUUCCGGACUAUAGAGUGUACUGGAAUAUUAGCUGCACCCACCAAAAUUAAGAAGGAAAAUAGCUCUUGUUCCGACAUAAGCCGCAGCAGUCGAUAAGCUGCAGGUGCAGUGGUGCUGUCUGCACCGUAGAAAUGUCAGUGGUGCUUCAAAAUGCGUGAGGACUACUUUUAAACUGGUUUGGAAAACGGGCUCCAGCAUGGAGACUGACUCAUGAAACAAACUGGGCAAUGUUCUGAACUGGAAUCAUCAACUCCUCACAUCUUUUAUGGACAUUGAAGCGCUCAAAAUGCGCUGUUUUCGCCUGCGUGUCCCAAGUUCUGACACCACAGCAGGUCUCAGCUGCUGCUUCUCCUCUCCAGGAGAUCGGCUCUGUGGGCGGAGCUGAGGACACACAGGUGAAAACGGUGCAUUUUGAGCGCUUUAAAGUCAAUAAAACGCUUGUGAUUUCAUUGGUUUGAUGCGACAAGGCUCAAUAUUUUGGCAGCAUGAGGCUCUUUGUGAUUAUUAUGAUGUUGUAUAAGGUUUCAGACCGCGAGAAAAAAGUAGCAGCUUAUAGUCCGGAAAUUACGGUGGCUUGUUUGCUCCUUUCCUGCAGCACCAGAGGCGUGACAAUACGUAUUUCAGGUGACGCGUCUUCGGCCGUAACUUAUGGCAGCAGUUUAGUCUAGUGAAGAAGACGACACGCUGCUUUCUUCAAAGACUCAAUUCAAUCCGCAUUUUUCUUGCCAAACAAGACGACAACACGUUCAGCUUGAGGAGGCAACCGGUCAAGAGACGUUGCGUCUCUUUGUUCGUCACAGUAUGUUCGUCACAGCCUGAUUUAUGUGGGCAGGUGUGUGUGUGUGUGUGUGUGUGUGCGUGUGUUGCGGCUCUCUGACCCAGACACGCCUCAACAGUUUUCCUGAAUGACCUCAGCAGCAGGUCUAGGUCUCAUAUGGCGUCACUAAGGUUUGAAGCCCGGACGAAACAGUAGGCCCUACACCAGACACCCAGAAGAAAGUACGUGUUUGUGUUGACAGUUGGCUUAUUACAGUCAUAAUGACUGUUAUUUCAAUUACUACUCAUGAAAAGCUAUUGCCUCAUAAAAGCCACUUGUUAUUGUGUCAUGACUGGUUCCUUUCUGUACAAUCAGAGAGGAUGUUUUAACUUUCACUGGGUAAAUUCCCGUCACCUAAUGUUGUUACAUCACUGCGAGAUGGUGCAGGCUGUGUUGUACGUGGGUGUGUGAACACAGGGUCUCGGAAGGUUAAGGACCAGGGCCGACCAAAUUUUUAACUCCAAGUUUUCCUGACAAACUCCGGCUCCAGUCCUGAGCUGCAGCAGCAGGACUGGAAACUCUGAGCAGGAGUUGCUCAACCCUGCAGCCGACGCAUCUUCCUGUCGUCAUCCGCCGUUCACUGAUAUUUAAACACAGAGUGCUGUAACACCACCAAGUGAUAAGGACGCGAGGCAACUAAAAAUAGACCCUGACAUCAGCCCCAACUUCUGAGCAGAUUUUACUGUCACUUUAUCACCGACCUGUCACACGGUCGAUGAAAUAUUGUUCAUGGGAAACAUUUACUGCCUCUUUAACCGCAUUAUGACCCGUAAUUCUGCUGCACUUCUGUUCUAUGUGAUGUUUCUUUUCUGUUUUUUUUUUUUAAAUUCUUUAUUCUUCCCUGCGAUGAACUUGAAUA